AUGGAUGAAGAUGAUGGUAGGGAUUUAACAAGUUUGGAUUCUCUAGAAGAGAAGAAAACUGACACAUUCUACAAUAUCACCUUCAAUGACAUCGACCACGCGAUUUAUUCAGCGAACGAAAACGUUGAGUUUCAUAAGGACCGGAAUAAAAUUAGGAAGGCUGAGGACUACCGAAACCUAGGGAACGAAAGCUUUAAAAAAGGAUUCCUUGAAUCAGCAAUAGAUUACUAUACCAAAGCAAUUAAAGUGUAUCCACAUAAUCACGAAUUUUAUACUAAUCGAGCAUUAUGUUAUAAGAAACAAAAUAAAUGGGAUCUGGUGGAGUCUGAUGUAAGACAGGCAUUAAAUUUGGAGGAAAAUUCAGUUAAAGCACAUUAUUAUUUGGGACAGGCGCUUCUUAAUUUAGGUGACCCUGUGGAGGGUAUGAAGAAGUUGAGAAAGGCAAAGUGUUUAUCAGAACAUUAUAAAGUGCCAUAUAUAGAAGAGAUCGAUAAUGAGAUAUUAAAGGCCAAAAAAGCCAUUUGGGAAUCGCAAGACAUACAAUUCAAUAAUACACUCAAUUCAUUCUAUACAUUCAUAUCAGAAUUAAUUGAGAGGGAAAAGUCAGAGAAUAGAAUGGAAUUGGAAGAAUAUGGAGAAAGAAUACAGCAAUUGGAACUUUUUAGAAAUUAUAUUACCAAAUCUAAAGAGAAACAUAUUCCACCAUAUUUAUGCUGUAAAAUAUCUAUGUGUUUGAUGAGAGAUCCAGUGAUAUCAUCGAGUGGAUUAACUUAUGAGAGAAAAUUGCUGGAAACACAUUUGCUGUGUAACGGAGAAUAUGAUCCAAUUACAAGAGAAGUUUGUAAAAUGGGUGACUUGGUACCAAAUUAUCAUAUAAAAGAGGCAGUGGAAGAUUUUUUGGAAAAAAAUCCCUGGGCAUUUGAUGAUUAUUAUACUGUUUAA